GAAAGUCGGUGAUAUAUUUCGUGAUUACAACAAGGUGCUCUUUUGUCAAAUUCAGAAAGAAUGGCAAAAUUUGCAACAAAUUCACGUUUUUCUCUGCUGAAGAUUGACGAUGACGAAGACGAAGGUGAAACCAUGACCAAACCAAAGUCAGCUAAUACAGCUAAGGGUCAAGUAUCCGCAGGUGCAAAGAGGAAAUCUAAAAAGAAGAAGAAAGCAGAGGCUGAAAAGGCAGAAAAUGACCAGUUGCGCAACAUGGCAUUUGCUGGGAGUGUUCCUGUUAAAGGAAGUAAGGGGCAUGGAGCUUCUUCAGGACAAAGGAAUGAUGGACGAGGAGAUGCUGUUUCCCCUGAACAAUGGGAAGAAUGGAAAAAAAUGGACAAAGAGGCCACGAAAGGGAGUUAUGAGGCAGACCUACAGCAGGCAUUACUACUGAGUAAACUUGAACUACAACGUGAAAAGGAGAUGCGUGCUAAUGUAGCCCUGGUGGAUGAGGCAAAGGGCAAAGACAAAAAGAAGAAAAAGAAGGAGAAACCAGCUACAAUGAGCCUUGAUGCUUUCAACCAAUUAGCAGAGAACACAGACACUCAUCCAGACCUCGUAAAUGGUUCACUAAAUUCCAGCCAAAAGUUGCCAACUUCACCACCAUCUGAUGAUCCAGAUCCUACAUUCUUUGAUAAAGUCAGUGAUGACGUGUCAAAGAUCAUACGCAAAGAGCAGAUCCAGGAGGAGUAUAGGAAACAAUACCUAGUAGAGAGCAAACAGAUGCGACAACACAAUGAAGAGAGUGAGCAGAAGGAGAAAGAGGUGAAGACAUUACGUGCAACUGUACAGAAUCUUGAAGAUGAACUGAAGCAAGUGAAAAGACGCAACAAACAACUCUGCCAUAUACUUGCACAGGGAGAAAUGAAAGAGAAAUCAGAGAUCCUUGUACAAGUGGACCAACUUAACCAAGUCAAAGAUGAACUCACAGAUCAGGUAUCUAACUUAAUGGUUGAGUUAGAAAAAGAGAGAUCAAAAAAUCACUUAAUAAAAGCUGAGUUAGAUCGAUACAAGAGUGGUAAAUUAACAGGUGGUGCUAACAAAUGAAGGAUCUCAUGCUCAACAUAACCCUACAAUGCAGUCA